AGAAGAAAAAGGAAAAGAGUAUCCGGAGGUCGCGUCGCACUCACACUAUAUAUCCGAUUUAGAGGAUUCGGGCAAUGGCGAAAGUAACCAAAACAAGCCUAAUUUUCAAUUCCAAUCGAUCCUUGUUUGAAAGAUGAAAAGAUCAAUGACGAUUUCCAAUCUUCCGAGGGAAUUGGCGGAGGAGAUCCUCUGUAGAAUUCCGGGGACAUCGACUAGAGCCGUGCGAUCAACUUGCAAAAAGUGGAACACUUUAUCCAAAGAUGAGAGCUUUACAAAGAAGCACCUUGCUCAAGCAGCUUCAGCAUUGACGGAAGGGGAAUUUUCAGCGAUCGUGUUGAUAAAUUAUAGUCUCUAUUUGAUGAGCGUCAAUCUCCAUGGAAUUGACAACGGGUCUGAUCCAUCAUUAAGGCCUACAGGUAAUCUUAUCAGCCUAAACGAUUCGGAUAAACUCGUCAUCACUCGAGUAUAUCACUGCGAGGGUUUAGUGUUAUGCCUCACGGAAGACUACACUAGGCUCGUGGUUUGGAACCCGUAUACAGGGCAAACUCGGUGGAUCCGUGUGGAACUCAGAUCCGAUAAGCACAGAGGGAUCUGGUAUGGUCAUGCUCUCGGAUACGACAAGAGCAACAACCAUAAAAUCCUGAGAUAUUUAAAUGUUCCCGGCGCCAUGUAUGUGCACGAAAUCUACGAUUUAAACUCUAGUUCAUGGAGAGUUCUUGAUGUCACUCCAGACUGGGAUGUGGAGUUUGAUAACUAUGGCCUGUCUUUGAAGGGAAACACGUACUGGUAUGCUACAGAUAAGGUAUCCCGAGAAGACAUGCCUGAUUUCUUACUCUGUUUCGAUUUUACUACAGAGAGGUUUGGUCCGCGUCUGCCUCUGCCUUUUGAGUCUUAUAGUGAAGAUGCAGUGGUUUUAUCUAGUGUUAGAGAAGAGCAGCUUGCGGUGUUGUUUCAGCACUGUGAAACAUGUGAGAUGGAGAUUUGGAUUACGACCAAGAUCGAGCCCGAUGCAUUGUCCUGGUGCAAGUUCUUAGCCGUGGAUAUGGAUCCACUCACAGGGUGUCGGUUCUAUAGCGGUGGCAGUUUCCUCGUUGACGAGGAGAAGAGAGCUGUGGUUGUCUUUGAUGAAGAUAAAAACGUAUCGGAAACCAAUCGCAACACAGCUUACUUCAUUGGACAAAACGGUUACUUCAGAGAAGUGGAUCUCGGAGAGAUUACAACAGCAAAAGAGAUUUUCCCGCAUGCCUUCUCUUACGUUCCAAGUCCUGUCCAAAUCAACCAACCUGCAUGAUGAGAACCACCAGAUUUAUUUAUUGCUCCGUUUACAAUUAAAACUUAUUCCCUUUGCACAUCUUUUGUUUGGUUUGUUUUUUUGUUGUUUCCUUUUGUCAUGCUCUUCGAACAUGGUCUGUAUCUCUUCUUCCUCCCUGCAAUGUGCAGAUUACUACUAAUAAAUGGCAAUCCCUUUUCUGGUU